AUGUCGGAGAGAAAUCUGGACCAGCUGCUCAAGUGGUCCAUUGCAGCGCAGGGAGAAGGUAGCGGCACCGGUGCGGGUGCGGGUGCGGGUGCGGGUGCGGGGAAUGGGUCCAUCGAUGCCCAAGCGUUGGCCGCGCAGCCCGGAAUGAAGGAGAUUGCGGCAGAAGUGGCAGCUGGCAAGAGGCCAGAUCUGCAAGAUCCUGGAUUGCUGGAUGCCCUCAUGGGCGGCAAGAGCGAGGCGCAGAUGAUGAAGGAGGAGUUGGCUGUGGCUUGCAAUGAGCAGAGAUCGACGCAGGAUCGAUGCAUCGCUCUGGACAACUUUGAAAUGGUCAGUUGACUGGCAGGCUGGCUGGCUGGCUGGCACUUUGGCGCAUGCGCAUGCGCAUUGCCGCCUUGCCCCUGCGCGCACACACAGCAUACACACACACAUUGCAAACGUGAUCGACUGACGCUAUUUACGCCGCAUUGCAGCUGAUCGAAUCGAUCGACAAUGCCAACAAUAUCAAGAAUAUGGGCAUGUGGCCUCCACUCCUAUCCCUCCUCGCCUCAAAGGUGCCCGCCAUCCUUUCGGGUGCGCUGUGGGUCGUCGGCACAGCGAUUCAGAACAAUGACAAAGCGCAAAUGGCUUUGCUCUCCCACAAGCCUCUGCAGGCCAUCCUCGACUCUUUAAGGUGGGCCGAUGUGGAUGCUAGCAAGGGCGCAAGCGGGUCUGCAGCGAGCACGUCGGAAGCAGAAGCCAUCAGGUCCAAGGCGGCGUACGCUCUCAGCGCCCUGCUCAAGCACAAUCCCCCUGCAGUCGUAGCCUUCGAUGAACUGGAUGGGUGGCAGGCUUUGAGAGGCGCGCUCGAGGAUCCGAGCAUCGCCAUUCGCAGAAAAGUGGUCUUCCUCAUCAACACGCUGCUUCUUCAAGCUCAGCAGGACCAGGUAGCGGAUGGCACGGAUGUGGAAGAGGCUGAUCAUGUGGGCGACGCAGCCGCAGCUACCACUGUUAGCGAUGGCACCACUGCUGUGGGCACUGGCACGGAUGCGGAUCCUAUCAGAAGCGCAGCAGCGUCGACGCGCUCCGCAUCUACCGCGCUCACAUCAUUGCCUGGUCAGCCAGCAUCGAGCAAUGCGCAUGGCAGCGCAGCGCCUUCUGCACCGCUGGAGCGAGGUCCAGAGACGCACAGAGAGGGCAUCGCAUAUCCAGAUAUUCCCAGAGCGCUGCUACAUUCCGGCAUCGUUCAAACACUACUCAGCAGCUUGCUGCCAGCGAACAAGGUAUCUGCCAGCGUUGCAUCCCUCAAGGACGGUGCGCAAGCUAGAGAUGACCUGGACUACAGCGAAAAGGCGUCCAGGGCGGUGGCCAACUUUGUGGAGAGUGUGUGCGAAAAGGGGAGGGGGAACGAAGAGCUGAGAAGAGGAAUGAGAGAUGGGGCUGCCGUGGAGGCCAAGCUGCUGGAUUUGCUCAGCGAUGAAUUGGAAGGAGCGCCUUUGCGAGGCUCGACGGAAGAGGACGAUGAAGCACAGAGGGAUGUCAAGAGCAGGUGGCAGCAGGUGGGCUUUGAGCCUGCGGAGUGGGAACAACUGAGGGAAAGAGCGAGCAACAUGGCGGCUGGCGACGCCGCUGCGUAG